UCCUGGACAUCCUAACAAUCUUUACGGAGAAGACAACUGUGUGCUGCUUCUCGGUCAAUCCUAUCAAUACCCUGGCACGUGGUUAGACGUUGAUUGUGACAGACAAUCAAGUUUUGUGUGCUACAAUGGUAAAGUAAAUGGCACAUCAUCCUUUGUAAAGAGUAACAGAUAUUUGAAUCGGACUGAAGCUCAGAGAUUCUGCCGGGAGAAUUACAUCGAUCUAGCCAGUAUACGAAAUCAGGCUGAAAAUGACUUUAUUACAAAGAUGGCAGCUGGGGACUUUGUGUGGAUCGGUCUGCGCUGGGAACAACUGUGGUCUGAUGGGAGCAUCUCUGUGUUUCAAUACUGGGCCAGUGGGCAACCAGACAGCACAGAGCAGUGUGUCACCACAAUGUUCAGAAACUCAGGACGGUGGUCAGAUGAUAACUGCUCCCUCACUUUCCCGUUCAUCUGUUUCACAGCAAUUCCUCCAAACACAGAAAACUUCAGACCAAUAGGACAAGAUGAGACCAGUAUCACUCUGCAGUGGAACAAAGUGAACAACAGCAUCAGCUUUAUUCUCCAGUUUAACGGUACAGAGGUCAACAUCACUGCACCAGAUGGAGAUGGACCAGUAACUCACACAGUCUCAUCUCUCACUGCUGGAACUGAAUACACAUUCACUCUCUACUCUGUGAUUGAGAACGUCAGAAGCAGCGGAGUAAGAAUUACUGCAGUCACUGCUCCUCUAAACACAGACAGCUUCAGAUCAACAGCUCACGAUCAGACCAGUAUCACUCUGCAGUGGAACAGAGUGAAAAACAUCAUUAGCUUUAUUCUCCAGAUUAAUGAUGCAGAGGCCGACUACACUGCACCAGAUGGACAUGGACCGCACAUUGUCAGAUUCGUCUCUCUCACUCCUGAAACUAAAUACACAUUCACUCUCUUCUCUGUGUUUGAGAACGUCAGAAGCAGUGGAGUAAACAUUACUGCAGUUACCGUGAACAUCAAUUUACUGAAGCAGGCUGAUCUGACUCAAGCUGAUAGACAAAGCGUGAAGGCACUAAACAUUAAAUCCAGCAGGGCUGUUUGGUUCAGGAGCACUGGUCAAAACUCGUCAGUACUACUUUGUUAGUACACCACUGAACUGGACUGAAGCUCAGAGCUUCUGCAGACGUGUCUACACUGACCUGGCCAUCGUAGAAACCAGAACUGAUGUCAGUGCCUUAGUCAGAACCACAUCACG